AUGACUCCGAUGUGUUUCCCGCUUCGCGGUACCAGCACUGUGGCCAUGAGAAAAGAGGCCUCGGAGCUGCGAAAAACUUUAAAGCCUCUGCUGGAGAAGCGCAGACGAGCGCGCAUCAACGACUGUCUGACCCAGCUGAAAAAACUCGUCGUCCCUCUGAUGGGAAAAGAUAGCUGUCGCUACUCGAAGCUUGAAAAAGCAGACAUUCUGGAAAUGACGGUUCGAUUCCUCAAAGAUGUGCCUAAAACUCCGACAAAUGAUGCUGCAGUGAGUUACAGAGAGGGGUAUGAAGCGUGCAUGACGCGGCUCUCCGCGCUCCUCCCGCGCACGAGCCUUGACCGGGAAACCACCGCGCGCGUGCACGACUUUAUCCAGCAGUCGCUGCGCUCGAGCUCACCGGCUUGCCAGACGUGCAACGCUCGCACUUCCAGUGCGCUCUCCUCGGUACCGAUCCAGAAAUGCCUCGACGAUGUGAGUGAAAGAGAAAAGCGCGCGAGCUUAACACCGGAGAGAGCUCGUGACGCGCCGCAAGCGGCCGCGCAGCCCGUGUGGAGACCGUGGCGGUGACUGCAGCAAUGUGGCGCACUCCUCUUCCGUGUACAUAGACUGUCUAGAUAGCUAUGAGUCGUGU